AUGCGGAAUCUUACAAAUCAGUUAUUGUUAUUUAAAAAAUACAUUCAUGAAUUAAAUAGUUUUCGGGCAGUAAUUCAAAGCAGAUGUUAUUCAAGGCCUACAAGUUUUCCUGAUUAUUUUCAGAAUCCAAUAUUUAGAAAAGAAGAUCAAUUAAAAUUGAUCGAAAACAAUGAACUUUCUAAAUUAGCCUCCGUUCCCAUAAAACCUCCGGCUGUCUAUGAAACUUCAUCUGUAUAUCACGAUCCACUUGUAAAUAAAGUCAUAAACCACGUUAUGGAAGAGGGUAAAAAAAAAUUAGCGCGCAGUUUAGUUGAAAAAGCUUUUGAAAAUAUUAAGCGAAUACAAAUCGAACGAUAUCACCUAGCGACAACACCAGAGCAGAAGUCUAAAAUAGUAUUAAAUCCCAAAGAAAUCUUGCAUACUGCUAUUGAAAAUUGUAAGCCUUUGCUUCAGCUUACACCUAUUAAACGUGGAGGCAUAACAUACCAGGUACCAGGCCCAAUAACGGAAAAAAGGUCUUUGUUUUUAGCAAUAAAGUGGCUUUUAGAGGCUGCAAAUGAAAAGGAAAGAACUGUUCAUUUUCCUGAACAAUUUGCAUGGGAAUUAUUAGAUGCAGCUAAUAAUACAGGCAAAGUAGUAAAACGAAAGCAAGAUCUCCACCGACAGUGUGAGGCUAAUAGGGCAUAUGCUCAUUACAGAUGGCAAUAA